CAGAUCACGUCAAUGUCCUCCCUUCCUCCCGGCCCUGGUGAGGUACGGGAACCCGGAAGGGCCAGGCUGACUGCUCCGCCUCUGGCGCGACUAACUACGCGAGGGCAAGGGUAGCAGCUCGCAGAUGGACCUGGACGUCGGCCAGCGAGCAGCAUGGAGGCACCCUGGGGACUCGCCAACGUCGAGCGGGGCUGGUAUGUCUCUGCCCAGCGGCCGGACGAGGCGGAGGCGGAAGAGUUGAGCCCGUUGCUAAGCAACGAGCUUCACAGACAGGGAUCCCCAGGUGUUUCAUUUGGCUUCUCAGUGUUUAAUUUGAUGAAUGCCAUCAUGGGAAGUGGCAUCCUUGGCUUAGCUUAUGUUAUGGCUCACACUGGUAUCCUUGGAUUUAGUUUCUUGCUGCUGAUAGUUGCUCUCCUGGCUUCUUUCUCAGUUUAUCUUCUGCUUAGCAUGUGUAUUCAGACAGCUGUGACAUCUUAUGAAGAUCUUGGACUCUUUGCAUUUGGAUUACCUGGAAAGGUGGUGGUGGCAGGCACCAUAAUAAUUCAGAAUAUUGGAGCUAUGUCAUCUUAUCUUUUAAUUAUUAAAACAGAGCUUCCUACUGCUAUUUCAGAAUUUUUGUCUGGAGACUAUAGUGGGUCUUGGUAUCUUGAUGGACAAACACUACUAAUAAUCAUUUGUGUUGUCGUUGUGUUCCCUCUUGCACUUCUUCCUAAAAUAGGCUUUCUUGGCUACACAAGUAGUUUAUCAUUUUUCUUUAUGGUGUUCUUUGCUCUUGUGAUAAUAAUUAAAAAGUGGUCCAUCCCUUGUCCUCUGACAUUAAAUUGUAUAGAGCAAAACUUACAGAUUUCAAAUGCUACAGAUGAUUGUAAACCAAAGCUCUUUCAUUUCUCCAAAGAGAGUGCUUAUGCCGUACCAACCAUGGCUUUUUCAUUUCUCUGCCAUACCUCAAUAUUGCCCGUAUACUGUGAACUCCAGAGUCCUUCAAAGAAAAGAAUGCAGAAUGUAACCAAUACAGCAAUUGCUUUAAGUUUCCUCAUUUAUUUUAUAUCUGCACUCUUUGGGUACCUCACUUUUUAUGAUGAAGUGGCAUCAGAUAUACUACAAGGUUACAGUAAAUACUUGCCACAUGAUGUUGUUGUCAUGACUGUGAAGUUAUGCAUACUAUUUGCUGUGCUUUCGACAGUCCCUUUAAUCCACUUCCCUGCAAGAAAAGCUUUUAUGAUUAUGUUUUUCUCCAAUUUUUCAUUCUCAUGGAUUCACCAUUUUUUGGUCACUCUAGCAUUCAAUAUUAUCAUUGUUUUACUUGCAAUAUAUGUUCCUGACAUUAGGAAUGUAUUUGGUGUAGUUGGUUCCAGUACAUCAACGUGUUUGAUUUUUGUAUUCCCAGGACUGUUUUAUCUUAAACUUAGCAGAGAGGAUUUUCUCUCCUGGAAAAAGCUUGGGGCUUUCGUUUUGCUCAUCUUUGGAAUUUUGGUUGGGAAUUUUAGUUUAGCACUCAUCAUUUUUAAUUGGAUUAAUAAAUGAAAGGUGUAUUUUCCCACAUCUUAUGAAGAAUAAUUUACCUCCAUAUGCAAAAAGGAAAAAUUCCGGAAGACACCUUGGAAGAAUCCUCUUUAUGCGGGUUAACAUUUUGUAAAUGUAUUAACAGAAAAGUGGAACAAAAUGGGAGUGGGUAGGGGAAAAUGGGCUCACAGCAGUUUUAAUCAAAAUAAGAAACAAACUCAAAAUGCCCUUAAAUAUAUUAGGUCAACCUUUUGUUUGUUUAUUUGUGGGUCUAUUUGUUUUUAAAUUAAUGGACUCUAUUUUUUAGGGUAGUUUUAAUGUUUACAGAAAUAUUGAGCAGUAAGUACAGAGUUUCCAUAUAAUUCUUUCACCCCUAACACAACCAUAGUUUCACACAUUAUUAAUUAUUUUCCAGAAUUAAAGCAAAAUAAUUUUAUUAACACCUUGAAUUAGUGUGGUACAUUUGUUAUACUUGUUGAGCCAAUAUUGAUACAUUAUUAUUAACGAAAGUCCAUAAUAUACAUUAGACUUCACUCUUAAUGCAAGCUUUAGCAAUCAACAAUUGUUACUAUCUUCAUAAAAACUUUUCCAGAAUGUCAUAUAGUUGGAAUCAUGUAGUAUCUAACCUUUCAGACUGGCUUCUUUCAUUUAGCAAUAUGCAGUUAAGUUUCCUCAAUGUAUUGUCAUGGUUUGAUAGCUCAUUUUUUUUUAUCACUGUAUAAUAUUCCAUUGUAUGGAUGUACCACAGUUUGUUUUUCCAUUCAUCUGUUGAAGGACCUCUUGGUUGCUUCUAAAUUUUGGCAGUUUUGAAUAAAACUGCUAUAAACAUUUGCGUGCAGGUUUUUACAUGGACGUGUUUUCAGCCUCUUUGGGUUAAUACCAAAGAGCACAACUGCUGCAUCAUGUGGUAAGAAUAAGAAUAUGUUUAGUCUUAUAAGAAACGCCAAACUGCUUACCAAAGUGGCCAUAACAUUUUGCAUUCCCACCAGCAAUGAAUGAGAGUUCCUGUUCCACAUCCUGAUCAAUGUUUGGUGUUGUCAAUGUUUUGGAUUUUUGCCAUUCUCGUGGGUGUGUAGUUGUAUUUCAUUGUUGUAUAAAUUUAUAUUUCCUUGUGGCAUAUGAUGUUGAGCACCUUUUCAUAUGCUUAUUUGCCAUCUGUAUAUAUUCUUUUUUGGUGAAGUUCAGAUCCUAUGUCCAUUUUUUAAAUUGAUAUUUAAUUAUUAUUCCAUUUGAUAUUUGUUUUCUCAUUAUUGAGUUUUAAGCAUUCUUCGUAUAUUUUAGAUACCAGUUCUUUAUAAGAUAAGUGUCUUGCAAAGAUUUUCUCCCAGUCAGUGGUUUGUCUUUUCAUUCCCUUAACAGUGUCUUUCACAGAGCAGAAGUUUUUAAUGUUAUUAAAUAUAUUGAGUCAAUCUUUUGUUUGUUUUUUACGAAAUCGGUUUGUUAAGCUUAUAUAAAAAUUGAAUCUCAGCUUGUGGGUUAAUAUUGUCAACAUUAAUUACUAAUAACAAAACUGUGGGAUUAUUCCAUUUGGUAUUUUGCCCUGCCUCCAAAUCUUAUCUAAGAAUCUUUUGUGAUUUUUUUCUCUGUUGUUCAUUAUGAGAAAGAGCUGUGAUGAUUGGCUAUGGAUUUGUAAGUUCCCUGAGCUUUCUUUUUUUGUCACUAAAACAUGUGACUUUCUACUUGGCAAACAGACAAA